UCCGUACAGAUUGGUUACUAGCAGUUCUGUAAAGCGAUGUGAACGUUUGCAGUUUCAAGCUCAAUGGCGGGCAAGCCAAACUUCAAGCAUUUUAAAAUAUAUUGAGCUGCAGUUUCAUUUAGUGAAAGUUGGAAAAACAGUGCAUCCAGAAAGUGUGUAGUGAUGGGGGUACAUUUUGACCAUUUUGACCAUAACUUUGUCCUACGAGAGGAAACUGGUCAGAGAAAGCCGUUUGAUUUGCGUAUUUUGUCCACGGCUUUUUGUCAGCCUUCUCGCGCGGCUUAUCACAACCGAAUCAAUUGAAAUGGAUGGUUGUUUCCUUUUGAGAGAAGGAAGAAAUUAAUUAGUUCACAAUCACUAUAAUGAAGUCGUGAUUUCUUCCUCUUUCCCAUUCUUAAUUAGCAAACCGACCAACGCCGAAGGUCGCCAAUGCCACAAAUUAACGCGUAUCGAAAAACAUUUCUGGCGCUUAGGGAAAAGGAAACAAAUGUAUGAAAUCAAGUGAGAACAGGGGCAACAAUUCGUGGAACUGCGAUACCACCGGCUGGUUGCUGGUCAAUGGGAACGCGCGCUGGAAUGUUGGAUCCUGCAAGUGGUCCGAUGGAUUUGUUAAGUGGAAGAAUUUAUGCCGCCGUUGAGCAAUAGGCUUUCUCUGUAGACGCUCUAAUCGGCACCGUCCACGUUGGUGGUAAUAUUGGCGCCGUUUGCGUGUUUGGCAGGAAUAGCAUCUAGCGAACGUAAGAACGGAAAUUCACCGGAAGGAACGAUUCGGAAUCGGCGGCACCUCGUUGCUUGGGCCUGGGGACGGCAGCAUAUUUAGUAUGCAGGAAUGAAGUGAAGUGAGAAAAUUCCGAGUGUUUUAUUUCGCCAGCACUCGCUGAGCAUUGAGCACGGAACGCACGGCCGCACUACGUACCCAUUGAACUAGGAUAUGACAACAAAGCAACCAUAUGUGCGAAUGCUCCAGUGAAAGUGACGCACAGCGGACCAGUGUUGGAUAUUCGUUUCGUGCAAGGCAUCCUGCGAUUGGAGCGGGCAAGGAUCAAACCCGAUAGUAAACAUCGAGUGGACCACAGUUGCUCGGACCGCGAAACACUCCCACGUGCAUACUAUGCAUAGCUGCGGAGACUCUUGUUGCUCGCUGCCGACUCUGCUAAGAGUUGAGAUGCACGACAAACCGCACGGUUUCAGUUGAACUCGCCUGGUUCACCGCUAUUGCUACAAACGGUUUGGCUUCCGUGUGUAAGCUACGUCAGGUUGAACGACGAGUAAACGAAUCGUGUGGCCAUACGGAUCCUUUUGCAUCCGAAACUUGCUAGGAUAAUCACUGUUACACAUAAGAAUAGACGGCUAGGGCUAAGCAGCGCCACUGCUCGCAGGUCACUACAAAAGGAGAACAGACGCAUCGUCCGCACUAGCGAUCGUCAGAAGACCCGACUCGCAAACAUGGGAUUCCGUCAGUGGAUUUCAUUGGUCCUAACCAUUGUUGGACUGCUGUUGAAUGGAUCGGUCCUCAGCGGUACGGGUCAGAGUGAAGAAGCCGUGCCGACCGAUGAGGGGAACUCUUAUAUACUUGAUAAAGACCUGCCCAAAUUUGGAGAGCCCAUUCAGAAUCUUACAGUUCCGCUCGGGCGAGAAGCUGUACUGACGUGUGUCAUCAACAACCUGCAGACGUACAAGGUCGCAUGGCUCCGAGUGGACACUCAAACAAUUCUGACAAUCCAAACGCACGUCAUCACCAAAAACCAUCGGAUGACCAUCGCUCACGUCGAGGGCCGAGCUUGGGUGUUGCGUAUACGCGAUGUCAAGGAAUCCGAUAAGGGAUGGUAUAUGUGCCAGGUCAAUACAGAUCCAAUGCGCAACCAAAUCGGCUACCUGAAUGUCGUCGUGCCACCGAAUAUACUGGACUACCCGACCAGCACCGAUAUGGUUGUACGCGAGGGAAGUAAUGUUACAUUAAAAUGUGCAGCUUCCGGAUCCCCGGAUCCUUCCAUUAUCUGGCGGCGCGAAGGUAACGAACCGAUCAGCACGGGAGCUACCAGCCUGAACAGCUCCACCUUUUCCAUUUCGCGGGUUAAUCGACUGCAUAUGGGCGCAUAUUUGUGCAUCGCUUCCAACGGCAUCCCGCCAUCGGUCAGCAAGCGUGUCAUGUUGAUAGUACAUUUUCCUCCAAUGAUAUGGAUACAGGAUCAGCUAGUUGGAGCAGCUCUAGGACAGCGCUUGACACUCGAAUGUCAAUCGGAGGCUUACCCACGAUCUAUCAAUUACUGGAUGAAGAAUGAAACCAUCAUAACGCAAGGUCAACGAUACGAGCCUUCUAUAAAGGAGAUUAACAGCUACAAGGUGAUAAUGAAGCUCACAAUCAAGGAGAUUAAUAUUGGAGACUUUGGAACGUACAAAUGUGUUGUGAAAAACUCGCUCGGUGAAACGGAUGGGUCCAUAAAAGUAUACCAUAUUCCUUCGACCACCGUGAUGGCAACUAGUCCUCCCGUAACGACAACAGCUGCAACGACGACGGAAAGCACCUAUCGUAAGAACUACAAAACCAAAGGCAAUCGGCAGCCAAUGGAUGAUUAUUCGUCAUCCUCCAACAAAAUUCAUGGCGCAAGCGAUAGCUCGGAACACUGGAACAUUGAUGGAACGAUCGAUAAAGAUCGUGAUCAUCGCUACAGGGACAAUUCGGCAAGUUUUAGUGAAGACCAACGGGAGAAAGAGGCCUUCGUCGAUACCGACGGUAACUCUAGUGGUGCAGUGCAUGCAACAACAUUCAGGCAUACCCGACUGAUCGUCGUAUGUCAUAUGGUAUUCAUUAGUGUGCUCACUAGUAGGUGAUUGGCAUGUUAAAAGAACUUAGUUAUCGAACGCAAUCGUUGUUGCACCAUCAUCAUAAACAGUAGUAUGCUGCUUUAAUGGUGGAUGGCACCGACGCAAAGGGUUCACAAAAUGAACGAAGAAGGAGUAAGUAUAGUCAAAGAGAUAUAGAAAAAAUAAUUAAAAUUCGGACAUCUUGUUUCGACAGUAAUGUUAAA